CACUCGACAACCUUCAAAAUGUGGAAACUGCUACCCAUUGAAUCAGGAGGGGAGCCUUUUUAUCUGUUCCCGGGUAAAGAGUAUGUCGUGGGUCGGAAGAACUGCGAUAUCCUUCUGUCCAGCGACCAAUCGAUCAGUCGCGUACACGCCCAUCUGACCGUCAGCACUCAGGCUCUGACAUUGAAGGACAGUUCCAAAUACGGCACUUUCGUAAAUGGGGACCAGCUAGCUGGAGGCGCCAUGAGGACGUUAAAGUCAGGGGACAGGGUGACAUUUGGAGUCUUCAACAGCAAGUACAGGGUGGAGCAGGAAUGUUUGGUGGUAUGUUCCUCGUGUGUGGAUAGCGAGGGGAAGGCUUCCCUUUCUCAGUCUUUGCUCUCUCUGGGCGGCCGACUGGUCAGCUCAUGGACGCAGGACUGCACACAUCUGGUUAUGCCCUCUGUGAAAGUCACCAUCAAGACAAUCUGUGCGUUGCUCUGCUGUAGGCCCAUCGUAAAGCCAGAGUUCUUUACAGAGUUCAGUAAAGCUCUACAACAGAAACAGGCUCCGCCCAAAGCUGAGAGUUUCUAUCCGGAGAUUAAUGAACCCAGUCUAAACAAAGAUGACGUAGACCUGAAGGCCCGACCGGAGAGGGGGAGUCUGUUCAGCGGGAAAGAAUUCGUUUUCCUCUGUUCCAAACAGAUGAAACGUUUAAGCCAGGCUGUGAGCUUUGGAGGUGGGCGGAGCCAGUUGUUGGAGGAGGGGUCUCUUCCCCUGUCACUUCUGGAGUCUCCACAGACAUGUGUGAUUGACAUGAUAACUGGGAGCUCACAGACACUAAUCUCCGCCUCCACGCGGAAGUGGGUGGAUUCUAUUGGCCAGAUUCUCUAUAGAAAAAGUCUGCGCUUUAUCACUGAGUCUGAGAUUGGAUUGGCCGCCAUCUAUGCCACUAAUCAAACCUACUGCAAUCCCUGUUCCACCAUGGGGCCAGUGACAGGAAAGCAAGAGAUCCGUGAUGCAACACUAUCCCAGAAUGCAGCAGUGGAUGAGACGACACUUCCGGCAGCAUCCCAGAAUAUCACUGCCUAUGUUGUCAACACAGAACCUUCGCAGGGAGUCCGGAAAAUGAAUGCAAGCGCAGUCGGUGUUGUCGCAGAAACCCCGGAAAAAAAACCCAGACAGGCCGUGUCAACGCCAAUAUCGUCAACAACCACGUCCGAUAAACCCUCCAUCUGCGCCGCGGCGGAGGUGUUUAGGCCGUCAGAAAACACCAGCAAAGUAGGUUCUGAGCAGAAGGAGAGCAAGGUUGAGGAGGUUCACCAGACCAGAGAGGAGGUGCAGGGGGACGACUCAGCCAAAUUCAGAGCUCCACCAAGCAAUGGUGUAACACAGAAAAAAUCCCCCCAGAAACAGUCCUCGCUUACCAGUUUCUUCCAACCGUUAAGCAAGAAAAGGCCACGAGACGAUGGAGCCAGUUCCAACCAAUCUGAUGCCAAGUUCUCGAGGGUGGACUAUGAAGAUGAGAGGGAUGAGAAAAAGAGAGCUGCCCAAAGUGUCCUGUCCCAGAGUAUUGACAGUCGAACUCCGACUACCAAUAAUAGCACGCACACAACUGCACGCAUGUCCCAAAUCCAAAGCAAAACCGACCGGCCCAACUUGGGUUCCAGUUUCGAUGCUGGUACGACUUUCAGUCCCAGCCUUGGUUUGGGUCCUGGUUUGGAUCAGAGUUCAAGUUCAAGUGGGACCCGUCAGAACCAGGACGCGGUCUGCAGUGAUUCCGGUCUAAGCAAGAAGCGGAAAGAGCCACUUCCAGACCUGCCAACAGAGGCUGAGCAGCAGGAAGGGAGUGGAGAUUUAGAUUUGUCACUUGAAGAGCUUGAAUCCAUCAUGUCUGCUGAUAUGGAUGAGCCUCUGGAAUCCUCAGCCAAUAAGAAACGGUGCCUGGACCAGGAACACAGUGGAGCAGCCAAUAGAAAGCAGUGGCCGCACCAGGAAGACAUCACCACAUCCAAGAAGAAACAGAAACAGGAUGAACGGGAAAGUGUAACCAGUCAAAACAAGCACUUGGAGAAGAGCAAACACAGAACUGCUUCUGGGGAGCCAUACUCUGCCAGAGGUGGAUACAGCUCGGCCAAUCGAAAGCAGCAUUCUCAGCUGGAGGAAUGCAGCUCAGCCAAUAGGAAUCAAAGAACACAGUCUGUAGCCAGUGUUAAAGAGGAGGAGGAGGAGGAGGUGUCUUUUCAGACUUCUAAGAUCCAAAAUAGCGUUUCCGAUGCGGCCCGGCCGAGUCCACCGUCGUCGGUGAAACAGGAAUCCAACGAUUCUCACGCCGUCUCAGGUUCUGGUAAUGACUCGGAACUGCCCAGGAGGCUCCUGCAGGUCCAGUUUAAGUCCCUGACCGUAAGCGCCACCCCAAGGCGCCGACCGGACCCGCUACAGCCGCAGGACCCCAACGUCAAGAACUUCAAAAAGUUUCGCAAGGUGCCGGUUCCCGGAUCGCAGGGUUUGCCUAAAAUCAUCGGCGGGUGUGACCUGGUGGCUCACAACCGCAGCAAAAGCUCUGAAGUGGAGGAGUGGUUGAGGAGCGCAGCGGAGGAAGAAAAACAGAAUGAUCGAGAUGAAAGUCUGGCUGACGACCUGUUCAGGUACAAUCCUAAACCCAACAAGAGAAGAUGAGAGACGAUGAAAGCGGACGACAACUGAGACUCUUGAAUCACUCUUAGAUCUUGCACGUUCUGGAAAAGCCCCAUUGAGUUCUCAUCAUAAAAAUAAUGUUAAGAGCAUUUCAGCGUUCAAGCAUUGUUGACUAAUGUUGAGUCAGUAUGCUCUAAUUAUUUAGUGGUGUUCACCCGAUGGGAAUGUGAGAACUGUUGUGAUUUGUCGUGACGGCUUUACAAAUAUGUUAAUGCACUUGGGCAAAGUGAAUUUUCAUCUCUGUGAGUCACUGGCAGCACGAAAUGUAACAAAGACAAACUCUUAUGUAAAUUAUUUUUUAAAAGUUUUUUUUUUUUUUUUUAUUUGUCCAUAAUA